AUGUCGGCAGAUCCUUCGCUUGCUCGACGGUUCUUCAAAUUCAUACGUGUAUAUGGCGGCUAUACACUUGGUCGAUAUCAGAAGCUCCAUGUCCGGAACAAGGCGCUGAUUUGGUUAUUGAUCCUUUUCUACAUAUGCAUUGGCAUUGCUGUGCUUGUAAUAACACCGGGGAGGAUUGCUCAAUUCCUCUACGACAAGGCUACAUGGCUAGCGUCGACUAGGUUUGGUUGGAUGGCACUGUUCGGUGCUAUAGUCUUUGUCUCGUUCCCUCCUAUGAUCGGCCACACUACUCUGGUCACACUGUGUGGAUUCGCAUAUGGUAUGAAGGGUUUCUACAUAGCUUCUACAGCUUCAGUCUUCGGGUCUGCGCUCUCCUUCACUGUCCUUCGACUUCUAUUCAGCAGAAGAUUGCGCGAAUGGUCCGGAAAGAGUGAUAAAUGGCAGGCACUGGAGUCAGUUGUGAGGGCGAAGGGCCUUCCGUUAAUUAUCCUCGUUCGAGUGUCCCCUCUUCCACCUUGGGUCUAUUCAAAUUCCCUCUUUGCCUCGAUUGAGGCCGUGUCUCUAUGGCAAUUCGUCGUAGCGACUUUGUUCGUCUUCCCGAAGCUGGUUCUGCACGUUUUCAUCGGUUCAAGAAUUGCUCCCCUCGCCGACGGUGAUCAGCGUGGUCACAUGGAUACUCAAACGAAGUUAAUCAACAGCCUAGUGAUUGUCCUAGGUAUUUCCUUGGCCAUCGGUGCAAGUUGGGCUGUUUUCACGUUGGUACAAAAGCAUAUUCGCCACCUAGAUGGUCUCUCUCCCGAGACCGAUGAACUUGCUGCCGAAGCCCUCGAGGACUACGAUGAAGAGGCGCCGCUUCUGAGCUCUCCCCGCUCCGAGCAAACGUGA